UCUCAACAUCUUUCAGGGUUUAUCACAGUCGCAUUCUCAAAACCUUUCUCAAUCGGAAGAACAAAACCCUAAACCUCAAUAUCUUCACCAGUCAGUGUCAUCAACAUGGCGAGUUUGAUCCUCAGAAGAUCCUCCUCUGUAAUCUCGCGCCGCUUCUUCGCCACUCUCGCCACCGUCGAAUCGCUUCCGCGCCACAGCGGGCUCGCAGCUGUCCGGCACGGUAGCUCCAACGACGGAGUUGGAAUCAGAUCCUUGCAUGCGAUAUCCGGACCGUUGAACUUCCGCUCGUCGCCGGUUUCUUGCACGGCGCAGCUCGCCGUGGAACGCGACUACUCCAACGAAGAGGUAGGUUCCGGCACGAACUGCGACGAAGGACUCGAGAUCGCGAAGCUCGGGAUCUCGACGGAGAUCGUGGAUGCCUUGGCCAAGAAAGGGAUCGCAAAGCUGUUUCCUAUCCAGAGAGCUGUGCUGGAACCUGCAAUGCAGGGACGUGAUAUGAUUGGUCGAGCUAGGACAGGAACUGGGAAAACUCUUGCAUUUGGGAUACCCAUCUUAGACAGGAUUAUUCAGCUAAAUGCUAAGCAUGGGCGAGGAAAAGAUCCUUUGGCUAUGGUUUUGGCUCCUACUAGAGAACUUGCACGGCAGGUUGAGAAGGAAUUCAAUGAGGCUGCACCUAACCUGGACACGAUCUGUCUUUAUGGGGGUAUGCCCAUCCAACAACAAAUGAGGCAGCUUAAUUAUGGUGUAGAUAUUGUAGUAGGCACACCUGGUCGAAUUAUUGAUCUUCUCAAUAGGAGGGCACUGAAUUUAAAGGAUGUGAAAUUUGUUGUUCUUGAUGAAGCUGAUCAGAUGCUUCAAGUAGGAUUUCAAGAAGCUGUGGAGAACAUCUUGGAGAAUUUGUCUCCAAAUCGUCAGACUCUUAUGUUCUCAGCAACAAUGCCAUCUUGGAUAAAGAGUAUUACCCGCAAUUACCUAAACAACCCCCUUACCAUUGAUCUCGUUGGAGAUUCUGAUCAGAAGUUGGCAGAUGGAAUUUCACUGUACUCUAUUGCGUCUGAUGUGCGCACUAAAGCAGGGAUUCUUGCACCCCUGAUAACAGAACAUGCCAAUGGAGGAAAGUGUAUUGUUUUCACUCAAACCAAACGUGAUGCUGAUAGAUUAUCAUAUGUAAUGGCUAAAAGCCUUAAAUGUGAGGCUUUGCAUGGAGAUAUUUCACAAACUCAGAGGGAAAGAACUCUUGCUGGUUUCAGAAACAACCAUUUCAAUGUUUUAGUGGCAACCGAUGUUGCCUCACGGGGCCUUGAUGUUCCAAAUGUAGAUCUUGUGAUACAUUAUGAUCUUCCCAGUUCAUCAGAGAUAUUUGUUCACAGAUCUGGACGAACAGGCCGUGCUGGGAAGAAAGGAGCUGCCAUUCUUAUUUACUCAGAAGAUCAAUUCAGGACUGUAAAGACUAUUGAGCGUGAUGUUGGAAGCAAAUUUACUGAGCUAGCAAAGAUUAAUGUUCAGAGUGGAUCAGCAGACAUGUUUGGUGGAUGGAGUGGUGGUCGAUUUGGUUCUUCAGGAGGUAUGAGGGAUCGUCAAUCUGGAGGUACAGGUUUUGGUCGCAGUCCUGGAUUUGGCCGAUCUAGCUAUGGAAAUUCCAGUUCUGGCAGUUACAGUAACUCCGGGUUUGGCCGAUCUAGCCAUGGAAAUUCCAGUGAAACAGGAAGGUUUGGAGGACCAAAGUCUAGCCAUUUUGGCAGCCCUGGUUCAAGUCUAUCAGGAGGGGGUUUGGGUGGUAGCUUUGAUCGAUCCGGUGGAUUUGGUAGCUCAGAUCGAUCUGGUGGAUUUGGUAGCUCAAAUCGAUCUGGUGGUUUUGGAUGGGCUCAAUCUGGUGGUUUUGGUGAUAGGAAGUGAAGCCAGAAUAGCACAUGGCGUGGUUUCGGUGCUUUUGGGGAUAACCUAAAUAGUAAUAGUUACAAUAGAGGAAAGGCUUUUUAACUUCAUCAACUUGGUAAGUAGAGCCAUCUUCAUUUCUUGUUUAGUUUUUGCCUCUUGUAAAGUUAGUUUACUGUCUUUAUCUAAAUGUUAUCUUGUCAAUUUCCCCGUAUCUUAGAGAUGGAAAAUGUAAUAUGGAAUAAGAAUAAAUAAUACAUUCUAUUUUGGGAGGCAUUUCAGUAUUUUCUCUCGUGACUAGUCUUCAGGUAAAACUCAGCUCUAUUUAGUCCCUCCCGCCAUAGCAAAAACCUUUAUCAUCUCCAUGUUCCAGCUUCUGCCUAUCAUAGCGAAGGCCUUGGAAGUUUUGUAGCAGCUGCUCCAAUUUUGUGUAAUGCGUUCUUCAAAAUUCAUAAUGGUCAAAGAUAGAAAAUUUUCGAAACAGGUAGGUGUUCUCCUGUUUAUAUCAUCUCAAUGUUUUGAUACAAUGAAUUUCUCAUAUUAUAACUAUUGUAAUAUUAAUACAUUAAUAUAUUAUCAACAAUCAGUCAGCU